CUCUUCCUCCCUGAGGCGUUGUUUAGGAAUCGCGGCGUGAGGCGUUCGGGAAGGGCAGGGUAGAUCCGGGCAGAGGACUUUCUCGGGAUAAGGGCCGGCCUUUCGUCGAGUUUACGCGGCGGGUGUUUGCUUCGGCGACGAGGCGGCAUGAGCUUUGGGGGUCUCUUUGACGGCGGCGGCGGGGGCAGCAUGCAGUUCCCUUUCGCCAGUGGCUUCUCGUCGUCGCCGGCGCUCUCCCUCGCGCUGGACAACGCCGGCGGUGGCAUCGGCGGGCGGAUGCUCGCCGGAGGCGCUGGCUCUAGCGCGGGCGGCGCGGUGACGAGGGACACUGAGGCGGAGAACGACAGCCGGUCGGGAAGCGACCAUCUCGACGCCAUCUCGGCCGCCGGCGAGGACGACGUCGACGACGGUGAGCCCAGCAACCCCCGGAAGAGGAAGAAACGCUACCACCGCCAUACGCCGCAGCAGAUCCAAGAGCUCGAAGCGCUGUUCAAGGAGUGCCCCCACCCCGACGAGAAGCAGCGCGCCGAGCUCAGCAGGAGGCUCUCCCUCGAUGCGCGCCAGGUCAAGUUCUGGUUCCAGAAUCGCCGCACGCAGAUGAAGACGCAACUGGAGCGGCACGAGAACGCGCUUCUCAAGCAGGAGAACGACAAGCUGCGCGCGGAGAACAUGACGAUCCGGGAGGCGAUGCGCAGCCCGAUGUGCGGCAGCUGCGGGAGCCCCGCCAUGCUCGGGGAGGUGUCCCUAGAGGAGCAGCACCUGCGCAUCGAGAAUGCGCGGCUCAAGGACGAGCUCAACCGCGUCUGCGCCCUCGCCACCAAGUUCCUAGGCAAGCCCAUCUCUCUCCUGUCGCCGCCGCCCUUGCUGCAGCCGCACCUCUCGCUGCCCAUGCCUAACUCGUCGCUGGAGCUAGCGAUCGGGGGCAUCGGUGGCUUAGGUUCUCUGGGUACACUGCCCGGCUGCAUGAAUGAGUUUGCUGGGGGCGUGUCAAGCCCGAUGGGCACGGUGAUCACCCCCGCACGGACAACCGGGUCUGCUCUACCAUCGUUGAUGGGCAACAUCGACAGGUCCGUGUUCUUGGAGCUUGCAAUUAGCGCGAUGGACGAGCUUGUUAAGAUGGCACAGAUGGACGAUCCAUUGUGGGUUCCAGCACUUCCUGGUUCUCCUAGCAAGGAGGUGCUCAACUUUGAGGAGUAUCUUCACUCCUUCCUGCCGUGCAUCGGCAUGAAGCCUGCAGGCUACGUCUCGGAGGCCUCAAGGGAGUCCGGCCUAGUCAUAAUCGACAACAGCCUUGCCCUUGUAGAGACUCUCAUGGAUGAGAGACGGUGGUCUGACAUGUUCUCGUGCAUGAUUGCUAAGGCAACAGUGCUUGAGGAGGUGUCUACCGGCAUCGCAGGAAGCAGAAAUGGCGCCUUGCUGCUGAUGAAGGCUGAACUACAGGUGCUCUCACCUCUAGUACCAAUUAGGGAGGUAACAUUUCUCCGGUUUUGCAAGCAGCUGGCUGAGGGUGCAUGGGCAGUAGUAGAUGUGUCCAUUGAUGGAUUAGUAAGAGAUCAUAAUUCUGCAACGGCACCCACAACUGGAAAUGUGAAGUGUAGGAGGCUACCUUCCGGCUGUGUGAUGCAAGACACUCCCAAUGGAUAUUGCAAGGUCACAUGGGUUGAGCAUACGGAAUACGAUGAGGCAUCAGUGCACCAGCUCUACCGUCCACUCCUUCGGUCUGGUCUCGCCUUUGGCGCCAGGCGUUGGCUUGCGACGCUGCAGCGGCAGUGUGAAUGCCUGGCCAUCCUCAUGUCCUCUACUACAGUGGCAGCAAAUGACUCGACUGCUAUAUCGCAAGAGGGCAAGCGAAGCAUGCUGAAGCUGGCACGCCGGAUGACGGAGAACUUCUGUGCUGGGGUGAGUGCUUCAUCUGCACGUGAAUGGAGCAAGCUGGAUGGUGCAACUGGAAGCAUUGGGGAGGACGUGCGCGUGAUGGCACGGAAAAGCGUGAGCGAGCCCGGAGAGCCACCGGGGGUGGUGCUGAGCGCCGCCACCUCGGUCUGGGUGCCCGUGGCUCCGGAGAAGCUCUUCAACUUCCUGCGUGAUGAGCAGCUACGUGCAGAGUGGGACAUUCUCAGCAAUGGAGGUCCCAUGCAGGAGAUGACUCAGAUUGCCAAGGGGCAGCGGGAUGGAAACUCGGUAUCACUCCUCAGGGCCAGUGCUGUGAGCGCCAACCAGAGCAGUAUGCUGAUACUUCAGGAGACGUGCACCGACGCUUCAGGCUCCAUUGUUGUGUACGCUCCAGUGGACAUCCCGGCAAUGCAGCUUGUCAUGAACGGUGGUGAUUCCACCUACGUUGCUCUGCUUCCAUCCGGAUUCGCCAUCCUACCUGAUGGGCCUCGCAUCGGUGCCAGCGGGUACGAAACAGGCGGCUCGCUGCUCACCGUGGCGUUCCAGAUUCUUGUCAACAACCAGCCCACAGCCAAGCUGACCGUAGAAUCGGUCGAGACUGUGAACAAUCUCAUCUCCUGCACCAUCAAGAAGAUCAAGACGGCGCUGCAGUGCGACGCCUGAAUGUGUAGUGUGUUUCGUCUGCGGGGAUUGCCGGCGGCGACGAGCCUGAGUCAAGAACGAACCGCGCAAUGAAAAGAGAAAAUACCUUUGCUAGGUGAUAAGGAUCUUUGCUUACAGGUCCUUAGCGCAGAGCAAUGGUGGUGGUUCGGGUAUUGACUCGGCCUCUACCGUCCGCUGAUCCCUCCCCGCAGCCGGUGAUCAUUGGAUGAUAGGGUACCAUGCAUUUUGGACAUUUCUUAAUUUCAACUUAUGCUUUAGUUUCGUCGUCUUAGGGAGUCAAACCUGUGUGCUUUUGACAGCUGGCUCUUUAGUGUUGUCUGUUUUUUGUUGUGCUAUGACUGUAUGAGGUAGUAGCAUCAUGUAGUACUAGUUGUUUCUUGAAAAGUCUGGGCUCAUACUGUACUAGUGUCGUCCAUACUUCAUACUAUAGGUUAUGGUACAACUGUAGGAUCAAAUUGAAGGUUCAAGGGUGUAUCAGCCAAUAAUGUCUGUUUGACAGUGGCAUUGCUA